UAGAGGCUGAAAACUCUGGAAGGAACACGUCAGGGUUAAUAAUCUGCUACUGUUCAAAAGAGUGGCUUGGCACCUCAAAAAUAUAGUUAUUUCACCAGUCAGUGGAUGCACCCUGCAUACCUGUAUAAUGAGAGGGAAAUAUAUUGGUGUUGUCCUUUUGCUUCUGAUAUUAGAAUGGGAUUGUGGGAAAGCAAUUAAAAACUUGCAGCCUGGAGUGUCUGACCAGGAGCUGUUCUGGGGAGCGGACCAGUACGACUUUGCCGUUGUGGUGCCUGCGUCAGACCUUGAGUGCUUCUGGCAUUUUGCACACCAAGGCGAACAAUUCUAUCUCAACUUCAUGGUCCAGUGGGCGACAGGGGUAGGUGUUGACAGACACCUGUCAGUUACGGUAAAUGCUCCCAGUGGUCUUAUUGUGGGCUCAGUAGACGAUGUCACAGGGGAUAUAACCUUCAAUGCUAAAGAAACUGGCUUUUAUCAGAUGUGCUUUAGCAACUUCCACAACCGCUUUGGCAGCAUGCAGGUCUUCAUGAACUUUGGGGUGUACUACCAGGAUUCAAAGGACUCCAAGAACGAUGAUAAUAGAAAAGAGUUGAACAAUACAUUAGAUACCAUUCAGGACAGCUCCUCCCGACUGCAGAUUUCUGUGUUCCACAUGUGGCGCUACUAUAGCAUUGAGCGCAUGAGGAGAGCAACCGAUUACUACCUGCUCCAGUCCAACUCUAACUACGUCAGCAAUUGGUCGGCCAUGCUGAGUUUCCUGAUUAUACUGGCUGGAUUCUUGCAGCUCUACUUCCUCAAAAGGCUUUUCAACACAAAGCAGACCACAGAGACUGAAAAACCCUGCUGAUGAUCUGCUGUUUACAAUGAUGGUGAUCAAAUAUCUGAGAACACAAAGAAUAUGAUUAGGGUUAUGAAAUUCCCCACUGUCUUCCUGUACUAUUCUUUCAUAGUCAAUAUAAUGUCAGUGGAUAAAGCAAAUAAAGCUCGCAAGUGCUUUUUA